UUCCCUCUCUCUCACUUCACCCCUCGAACUCAACUUCCUCCUCUCUCUCUCUCUCUCUCUCUCUCUCUCUCUUCAUCGCCAUGAACGAGACCUCCGAGCUCCGGGACUGGGAACUCCUCCAGGCUUCGUGUACAAGCCCUCCCCUCCGCGCCCCGCUCUCCGCGGAGAACCCUAGCGGCCCCUUCGAGGCGGCCGACGACGCCGACUCCGAGGACGGCGCCAUCAAGCCCGACUACUUCGCCCCCGACUCCCGCCACCUCCGCCGCCACGCCGCCGACGAGGACGAUUCCGAUAACCCUAGCUGGGUCGACCCCGACCCCGACUUCAGGUCGGGAGCCGAAGCGGCUUUCGCGGGAAGUGGUUUCCCGGUGAAGAACUACGGCGGGUUCUGGUCCGACGACUCUUCGGAAGUGGACGGGUUCGAGGGAAUCGACGGUGGUGGGGAUCGGAGUUUGGGCAGCGACGGUGAGAGCGGAAGGGAUUUGCGUCGUGCUCGUGAGGUGUUUGAUGAAAUGCCGAGGAGAGAUGGAGGGAGCGGAGGAGGGGAGAGGAAAGGGGUGGUGUGGUGGAAGAUGCCUCUGGAGAUGUUGAGGUGUUGCGCUUUCAAAAUGAAGCCCUUUUGCUACAUCUCCAUUGCUGCGGCUGUCGUGGGGUUGUUUAUGCUUGGUAGGAGCAUGUACAAGCUGAAGCAAAAGGGUAGAGGAGUUUCUCUUAGGCUUGCCAUGGAUGAUAAGAUCGCGUCCCACUUCGCAGUCCGUGCUGCACGUCUCAACAAAGCAUUCUCAGCGGUGAGGCGCGUACCCAUACUGAGAACUUCGCCUCCCGCAUCCGGGAUGACUCCGUGGUCCAUGCUCCCUCUAAGAUAAGCUUUUAAGUUGCUUCUCCAUGAUGCUCAGGUAUUUACAAUAUGUUUAUUUGCCCUUUAUAUGUACUGUUUGUUACAUUACCUUGUAUCUGUUACUGUAUAAAUACCUUCUUUGUUUAUAUAAAGCUUUCGCAGCGAAAAUAAAAUGGAUGCAGUAUAUGAUGGUUGGUAAUGUUUCGAAGUAGAUGUUUUUGUCUUUGAGCUUCGUGCUUUUAUACCUCAUAGUUGUGUAUUUGGUCUUAUUUAUGUUGAAAUUUUGAAACCAAAAUUAGCAACUCGGUGUCAAUCAAAGUUGAAAUGUCUAAGAAACUAGAGAAGAUUCUUGUGACUAGGUUUUAUUUGGCUUUUUUGUCAUAGAUUUUGUUGCUUUUUGACACAUAUUUAUGUGCGAUUUGUAUCUUUGGGCUUUGUUCUCUUUCAGCUGAACAACUUAAGGAAAAAAAAAAUUAUUGAAAAAAAAAGAGACUUUAUUAUACCAAUUUCUGCCUAGUUUGAGGAAACAAAUUCCGUAAACAAAGUGAUUUCUCAGUAAAUCACUAAUUAGAUUAAAAAUUCUUCAACAAUGAUCACCCUAAUCAAAGAUGAUUCCUGCGGCGGUGGCGGUGCGGGUGCCGCCGCAUUCCGACACGCCGACGACCCCCCACUGCAUACGCCGCCGCUGCCUCGGCCGCCCUGCCUGACAGCACGCGCGACAGCGCCGCCAUCGCGCGUGACUGCCUUGCAACCGCCCCCGUCGUCGACGGCUCCUGCGACAGCACGAUCUCGUAGCCGUCGUAGUACGACUCCAUCCCCUCCGCCAUGGCCUGCCACACCAAGCCGCCGGCCAUCGACCCCCCGCUGGCCCGCGCGGAGCUGUAGAUGCCCGCGUACACGGUGUUCAGGAACGCGUCGCGCCCGUUCUCGGUGUACCCUGCGUCCCGCUUCGACUUGCCGAACUCGGCGAAGACCAGCGGCUUCCGCAGGAUCUGCCGCGCGUCGUUCCAGUGGCUCCACAUCCACCGCCGCACGAACGCCGUUUGCGCAGCGUCAUUUUGCCCGGAGAGCCUGCAGAACAAGAGUAACCUUUUGUGAUUCUUACCGUUCAGAUUCUAUUUUCAUCUACUUUUGUAAGUGAGCGAUAUUACCAUAUAUCUGGAUACGCAUGGAUGGUCGCAAAAUCAAUCUCCUUGACGAGAUUGCUGGUAAUGUAAUCCGUCCCAACUUGGAAUCCGGGAUUGUACUGCUUCUUCUCAGGCAUGGACUCCCCAUAAAACCCCUCCAUUCCCACCUCAAGCAUGUGUUUCCUAUCCAA